AUUCAUAUAUUUUAUUGAAACACACAUGUUGAACCACAUAUGUUCAAUACAAUAUUAUUUCAUUUUUACAUUUUCUCUAAUUAUUGUUUGUGAUUUCUUUUGCGAGAAUAAAGUGGUUGUUAUUUAUUAUUACAGGCGAAUAGCAGCCUAAAUUUGCUGAAGACAUUCCCUUGUAGGCUAAAUAAAUAAAUAUCUUUAUUGACAUAAAAACGCCAGAGAUGCAGAGUGACUGCCAAGGCUGAUGUCUCGUCAUAUUUAACAAUUCAUAUAAUACAAUAUUGAUCAAUCACAAUAAUAAUUGAAAUAAUAGACUAAUGAUAAAAACAUAUAGACUAAGGAUGAAUAAUUUAACAAAAGAAUAAAUAAAAUACAAUCAAGACAACAUUGAUGAGUAAUAGAAUACUAGUUAGAAAAAUACCAUAAAAUUCGAGUUAGAUUUAUGUAGGUCAAUAAAGAUCAGUCAAGGAGUCUUCAAAAAAUUCUUGUACUAUUGUAAGGGUAGCUGAAUUUUAGCCUUGAUUGUAAACAUGAAAGACCUUCGGUUUCUAUCACAACUGAUAAGAAGUAGUAUUUUCAGUGGAAGCGUUACUUUUUAUUUUUAAAAGGUUUUGAUAACUUAUCAGUUUAUGGUAUGAUACAUUGCAAUGUUCCGUAUCUAAUUUGAGUGUACUGUAUCUUGAUGAGCAUCCUUUGAACGAGUUUCUGUUGUGUGACCCAGAGCAACAGCAAUUAUUAUCUCUUGUAUACAGCUUAAUUGGGCUAGCUCCAAAGCAAAUUCUGGUUCAUUCUUCAUUUAGUUGAAUUGAUUCAAUGCUACAGUACAUAGUGCGUGUGUGUUAGUUGAGUGUUGAACAACAGAAAUGGUGCCAAAAAACAGAAGAGAGUACUUGGAAAAUGAGCUUUUUCCAACAGCUAUGAGAGACGGCAACUUUGGUCCCGGAUUGAGAUUCGUGAGUUGCGAGUUGGACGCGGAAGCUGCCGGCGUGGACCAGUAUGCUUCUUCAGUGCUCUUUCUGUCUGCAUCCGCGGCUAGUGAAAAUAAAAGUGCAACAGCUGAUAAUCAUCUCACUCGCUUUGAUGUAGUUGUCAAAUUCCAGCCCACUGAUAAGGCUGUCAGAGAACUCAUGAACAGUGACGUGCAAUUUCACAACGAGUUCAGCAUGUACAAAACUAUUCUCCCCAAACUCAACAAUUCCACAACAGUUAUUCCCUCAAUUUUCCCAAAAUUCUACUUUGGUGUUACAACUCUUGGAAAGGACCCUGAAAGUGAUGUUAUAGCAAUUGAAGAUCUGCGUGGUGAAGGUUUCAAACUGACAGAAGAACGCGCCUUCCUUGACUACGACCACGUUGCUCUAACUUUGACAGCUCUCGGCGAGUUUCAUGCUCUCUCUUACAUCUUAAAGAGUCAAGCACCUACUGAGUUCGCAAACCUUACAACUAUUUUGAAAGAGCAUCACAGCAAAAAUGAUAUGAGCAUUAUGAUACAAAAAUGCGCUUUCAGAGGUAUUGAUCCUGUGCUUGAAGAAAAUCCAAAAGAUCCUCUAAUAACCAAACUAAAAAGUAUUUUCGAGGUUAAACCUCAAAAAAUCAUGGAUGAACUUAUUACUCCUGACGAGCCAAUGUCUGUGAUUUGUCAUGGGGAUUUUCUUAGAAAUAAUUUGCUUUUCUCCUACGACCCUACAGGAAAACCAAAAUCAGUUCGCUUUUUUGAUUUGCAAAGAUCUAGGUACGCCUCACCGGCCAUUGAUUUAUCCUUGUUUCUCUGGAUCAAUACGACUUAUGAGCUACGCUCCAAACAUUGGAAUGAUUUUAUAAGAAUUUAUCACGAGUCUCUAUCAAAGGUUGUAGAAGAGAAUGACUGCUCCCCACCAAGCUUAGAGCAAUUUUAUCAAGAACUAACUAAAAAGGGUAUCUACGGUUACAUGCACUGCUCAUAUUUUCUUCCGAUGAUGGUUUGUGAAACACAAUUGGACAUCGAGAAAUCGGCUAGUAUGAAUCCUGAUGAAAUGGCUACAUUUAUGAGUGAAAUAAGUGGUGAGUAUGGAACUAAAUUACUAGCUGAUAUAGUCCGGCAUAUUUCGCAAUUUAAAUGUUUUUCAUGAAAGAUAUAACUUAUGACUAAAAUGUGAAACUAACGAAAAAUCUUGUAGAAAUAGUGAUUAAUGAAAACUGAAAUUAGUCUAGGCAUAAAUCAUGAUGAAUUGUAUUUAUUAUAGCUUCUUAAAUACCACGUUAUCACUUAGUGUACCUUAUAGCAUAAGCUUAUGCCAUCUUUUAUCUAUGCUUAUAGUUACAGAUAGUUUGUCGAAUGUAUUCGUUCUAAGAUAUUCUAUUUGUUCAUCAUUAAACAUCAACCAUUGAAUAGGAUGAGCCAUUUAUCUUUUGUUGGUAGAUUACAGAGCUGAAUUAUUGGAUAACCAAAUCAUUAAUCAAAUUCAGAUCUGUAGAUUCUAGAUACUGAAUAAUCUGCGAAAAAUGUUUCAUUACUUAAAAGAUUAUUUACUACUAUUCUAGAUAAAAAAGUGUGCCAGUUAAUUUUGAAAAUAUGAUCUUCACAAAUACUUCAUGUAGCCUCAUACUUGUACUGAACAUCUGUGUACAGACACAAACAAUAUUUUCUUCAUUUUAAAAUGAAAAAAUUAAACAUAUUAGUCACUCAUACAUCUAAUGGAAAUACAACAAAAUAAUCAUCCACCAAUUUUACUUAUUCCAGUUUUUUACACUAUAUGAUUUACUGAUGGUAAUUCCAUUACCCUAAAUUAUUCUAUUAAAUUAUGAUAAGAAGUUACAAAUCACGUGAUUAUAGUUUUAAUUGAAUCAAAAUGUUAAUUCAGUAUAUUUUAUUUUUUGAAGGAAAAUGUUAUUCCCAGGAGUUUGCCUUUUCUUUAAGUAAAUACUAUUACUAUUCCAUUCUUCAUCCUUAGUGAUUGAAAAAAAUUAUAAGAAACCGAAUCAGCUUAUCAAAGAUCAUUAGGUUAAUAUAUUUUUCCAAUUUUCUAUUACUUUCAACUCUCUGCCUACCUGACUGUGGGAUGAUUCAUUAUUUUAUAUUAGUUUAAUAAAAAAUUACAACAAAAAAUGCUAAAAUUCAGUCCAUGUCAGAAACGAGAAUAAUCUUUGUUAAUCGAUCAUAACUUUAUUCAUAACUUAAUCUUUUCGUGGCUCAUCUCAUCAUAUACACGGUACUGAAACAUUUUAAAUGUAAAUAAAUAAUAUUAAUGAUUCUUUAUCCAUAAAAAGUGAUACAUUUUUUUAAUCUCAGUCUUCAAACUGAAAUUAAUCAUAAUUAAUCUAUAGAGCUUGAAUAGUACUUUAUUAUUCUUGUUCAACAUAUUCUUUUGUUGAGAACUUUCAAAUUACAAGCAUUCCAAUAAUUGGAUAUUAUAAUAAAAUAAAAUCUAUGGAUCACUUUUAAUCGCACAAAUAAGCAAAUAUCAGAAACAGGAACAUCAUGUAACAAUAACUUUCACAAAUCAGUUUAUAUUUGAUUGAUUAUUUUUAAUCAUCCAUUAUUCCAGGGACGAUAAUGAUAUCUUAUAGUUCCUUUUGCUGUUAUAAUAUUAUGAUAAAAACUUACUAUCCUAUUUGAAUAAAAUAUAUACAAUAAAUACUUUAUAGAAUU